AUGUCAGAAGAAACGAAUGCAGCGCAAGAAGCAAAGAAGCGAGACGCUGCUCUGCUGCAGAGCUUCAGGCUGUUUCAGCGAGCUACCCAGGAGAACCCGAGGGACUCGCGCUCUCUCUUCGGGCUGGCGACGGUCCUCCACAGGAUGGGGAAGUUGCAGUCAGCAGAGAGUUUCUACCGCAAGAGCCUUGAGAUCCAGCCGGACAAUGUCGAAUGCCUGACGAACCUGUCGAUCCUGCUCGAUGAUGAGGGGCGAUUGGAGGAGGCGUGCUGCUGCAUGGAGAGAGCUUUCACCAAGAACUCGCGCGACCUGGGAGUCCUCAGCAACUACGGACAUCUGCUGUGCAAACAGAAUGAUUUCACCAAGGCCGAGCAAGUGUUGAAGAGGGCCCUGCGGCUCUGCCCGACGCAUGUCCUCUCCCUCCACAACUAUGCCUGCCUGCUGUGGAGGAAGGAUCGUGACAUCAGAAAGGCCGAGGAGCUUUUCGCGGCUGCCCUGCGUCUGGACCCUUCC